AUGUUAAAACUAGAAAAUGCCUUUUCGGGAAAGCUAGAUGGAAAGAUCACAGGAACUGCAGAGCAGGCUGUUAUUAAAAUCAUCAGCACUGACACAACAGUCACAGCAAAAACGACCUUCGCUGUUAUAAAUAUAACGCUGCAAAAAGGAUGCACCAGUCAGACCUCUGGAGGAUGUUUUGAUAAUCUUUUUGCACAGAUCGAGAACAUUACAGCUCAAGUUCUUCCUUUGGAUACUGUGACCAACAUUUUGUCUAUGGCCUUCAACACAUCAGAGAACAUUUUAGAAACAUCAUCAUCAUCAUCGUCAUCAUCAUCACCAUCAUCAUCACCAUCAUCAUCAGCCAACCAAGUUAAACUUGCCUCCUUUGGAAACCGUGUGUUAAAAACCAGUGAGAAACUAAUUUCUACAUUAGUGAAGCUGACAGCCACAAGUGACAAUGUCAGUUUUGUUCUUCCCACUGUAGAGGGUCAAGUCUUCAUGGUUGGACCUCAGGUCACCUUAGAUAAAAUCCCUCGACUCGACACAACAAAUUCUUCUGUGGACAUCGAUCUCAUAGGGAUCGCCAAGAACAACAAUGAAACAACUGCUGUGGCUUUCAUGAGCUACAACACAAUGGAGAAUCUAUUGAAGCCAGACUUCUUCAACACAUCCAGUGACACAAAUAAAACCAUGAUGUCCACUGUGAUCUCAGCUACUCUUCCCAAAACUACCAACACUAAGCUAACUAAACCAGUCAACUUCACCCUCAAACACAUCAGAGAGUUUGAUCCCAACGGUUCUCUUUUCUGUGUGUACUGGAAUAUCAGCGAGUGGAUUGUAGAUGGUUGUUCUGCUUUAAAGUCCAACAGCAGCCACACUGUGUGUUCCUGUGAUCAUCUGUCCACAUUCGCUCUCAUCAUGCAAACCAGCCGUCAGUCAGAGAGCGACUCACUAAUGGAGCUGUUGAAUUUGGUGUGUGUGACCGUGGGGCUGGUGUUCUUCACUUUGGCCCUUUUGACCUUUGCCCUCUGUCAGUGGAGUCCUGGAGUGAAUAAUGUGGCUCGAAUCAACAUCUGCAUCAGUCUUCUGUUGGCUCACCUUCUGUUUCUGCUCACACAGCGGUUCCUGAGCCUCAUACAGCCUCUGCAGGUGUUGUGUACCGUGAUCUCAGGACUUCUGCACUUCCUCUUUCUCUCCGGCUUUGUGUGGAUGUUCAUUGAAGCUUUCCUGCUCUUCAUCUGUGUAAAGAACCUAUCACAGAUCAGCUCCAAAAAGAGGGAGGUUCUUAACAGUGGAUUCCUGUGUGUGAUUGGAUAUCUGGUUGCUCUGGUUGUGGUGUGUGUGUCUGUCGGUCUGGUUCCUGAAGGCUACGGCAGCAAAGACUGCUGGAUUAAAAAGGAAAAAGGUUUUAUCUGGAGUUUUCUGGGUCCUGUUUGUGUCAUACUAGCAAUGAACACAAUCCUCUUCAUCAGAGUCAUCUUCACUCUGAGCUCAACUCUCAGAAGUCUAAAUGCUGAAGUUUCACAGAUGAAACAAACAAAGAUCAUGGUGUUUAAAACACUGGCUCAGUGUGUGAUUCUUGGUUGCUCCUGGAUUCUGGGUUUCUUCACUAAUGGCAGUAAGGUGCUGGAAAUCCUCUUCCUGAUCUUGAACUCCCAGCAGGGAACCUUCAUCUUCCUGAUCCAUUGUGUCUUAAAUAAUGAGGUCAGGCAGCAGUACAGGAAGUUCUUCAGAUGUCUUUGCAGUGGACGCAAACAACAGUCCUCUUCCUCUGUUGUAGGGGAGGUGGAGGAUGUAGCAGAGCCUGAUGAGGUCAUGAUGUCUGGUCGGCUGAAAAAUAAGGAAGCUUUGGAAAAAUUGGAAAGCGUUUUGGGUCAUCUAGAGUCAUAUUUUCGUAAAGUGAAUGCGGUCACUAAGCAGGACUCCUUCCCUUUACCUCGUAUGGAGAAAGGUGGGCUGUACUCUUAUAAUGUCAUGCCUUUUGGUUUGACAAAUGCACCAUCAACUUUCCAGCGCCUAAUGAACUUGGUGGUGAAUGACCUGGAAGGAUGUGCAGUGUAUUUGGAUGAUGUGGUGGUAUAUGCAGAUUGCUGGGAACAGCAUCUGGACCUGUGUGCAAUUGAUGGCUUUCCAUCACCAACGACAAAGAAGGAGCUUAUGAGAUUUCUCGGUAUGGUGGGCUACUAUAGGUGUUUCUGUAAGAAUUUCUCUACAGUGGUCGCACCUUUAACGGAUGUUCUGAGAGGAAAAGCCAAGUAUGUGUGGUCUCUGGUAUGCCAGCAGUCUUUUGAGAGGGUUAAAGCUCUAUUCUCAAAUGCUCCGGUUCUAGUGGCUCCUCGAUGGGAUCAUGAAUUUCAUCUGGAGGUGGAUGCCAGCAUGGUUGGGGCUGAAGCAGUGUUACUGCAGAAGGAUGAAAGGGGGAUUAAAGGAGAAGUUCACUUUUAA